UUAAGAAAAUGCGGUUGAGAAUUCGACGACCUCGACGCAGAGUUUGAGUGUUUGACAGAGAUCUCCAUUGGAAGGAGAUGCAGAACCCAAACUCAUCAUCUUCUAUGGUGGAUUCAACCUCCGGACCUAAACGAUACACUCCACCUAACCAAAGGAACCGUUCUUCGAACCGGAGGAGAUCAAGAGGAAGCUUCCAUAGUAAUGAGGGCGAGAGCAGUCAGCCUGUUGCUGUUGGUUUCCAGAGGGAAAACUCUUCUCCAAAGAUUAUAUCUCUAGAGGGUUGCUCUAGGAGUGAAGCUUUUCAGCUUCUCAGUGAUCGUUGGGCAGCUGCAAUGCAUCUAUACAAUGACCCAUCUAUUGAUUUGUCUGAAAGACCGAUGAUGUAUUAUGGUGGGGAUGUGUGGGGUAAACUGCCUCACUGAGUGAAGCCGGUAUCGAUUUCUUACAUGUGCUUUUAAUAUGUAUUCGCCUUAGUCGUUCCGUGAGCGGGACUUGACCAUUACUGAUAAGCAGUCAAUUUUGCCAACGGAUUACAGAACCAAAUUCAGUCGUGGAUUGGCUGGUUCCAAGGUCGCCAAGUUCUAAUCAUUGUUGUCUUGAUAUCAAAAUCUUACAAAAUGGUUAACUCUAUGCGACAAUGUUAUUGUGAAAAGCUUUCAACCUUAUUUAAUAAGAUUUUCUCUAUAUGUUCAUUA